AGCGAAUGCCACCCUCCCUGACUUUGACGACAGCUUCCUGCCUCUCUAGGAACCCGGGCUCGGUUCCUUUGCCCCCCCCCCCUCACCCCGGAGGACUGAGUGGCAGGAGCUGAGCCGCCACCCUCUGCAAGCCUGAAGGUUUCUCCUCCUCCUCCUCCUCCUUUUGCAAGCUUUUCCUCCGCUUGGCCCUCAGCUCCAGGGAAGGGGCUGCGGGAUUUGUGGGGCCGGGGUCUCCCGGAUUCCCGUCCUCUUUAUUCCCUUUUGCAAGGGGGGACACCCCUCUCUCUCCCCCAGCCGCUGCGCGGAGGGCAGGCCGAGCUUUGGCAGACGCGGGACUCCCCUGCGAAGAAAGGUUUGCAUUGCUUGGGACUUUGCAGUUCAGAGGAAAGGUGAGUGAAGAGGCGACUGGGUGGAAGUUUGCAGAAUCACGCGUCGUGGCGCGGGGAAAGCGGGUGCAAGGCGCAGCACAGUUUCCCAGCCCUCCUUUUCAUAACACCAGAGAGAUCUGCGUGUCAAGCAGGAGACUCUUAAUCUCAGGGUCGUGGGUGCGAGCCCCGUGUCGGGCCAAAGAUUCCUGCGUUGCAGGGGGUUGGACUAGAUGACCCGUAAGGUCCCUUCCAAUUCCAUGGUUCGCGGACCUCCAACGAAGCUGGAUGCUGGGAGAUAAUAAUAACAAUAAUAAUAAUAAUUUAUUUAUACCCCACCCAUCUGGCUGGGCUUCCCCAGCCACUCUGGGCGGCUUCCGACAAAAUAUUAAAAUACAGUACAGUGGUACCUCGGGUUACAACGCUUCAGGUUACAGACUGCUAACCCAGAAAUAGUGCUUCAGGUUAAGAACUUUGCUUCAGGAUGAGAACAGAAAUCAUGCUCUGGCGGCGUUGCGGCAGCGGGAGGCCCCAUUAGCUAAAGUGGUGCUUCAGGUUAAGAACAGUUUCAGGUUAAGAACGGACCUCCAGAACGAAUUGAGUACUUAACCCGAGGUACCACUGUACAGUCAUACCUCUUAUUAUGUUUGCUUCAGGUUAAAUCUUUUCAGGUUGCAUCCUGUGGUGAUCCGGAAGUACCGGAAAGUGUUACUUCCGGGUUUUGCCGCUUGCGCAUGCGCAGAUGCUCAAAAUGAUGUCAUGUGCAGAAGCGGCGAAUCGCGACCCGCGCACGUGCAAACGCAGGUUGCGUUCUGCUCACGUUGUGAACGGGGCUCCGGAACGGAUCCUGUUCGCAACCAGAGGUACCAGUGUAAUGCAUCAAAUAUUAAAAGCUUCCCUAAACAGGGCUGCCUUCAGAUGUCUUCUAAAAGUCUGGUUGUUGUUGUUCUCUUUGACAUCUGGUGGGAGGGCGUUCCACAGGGCAGGCACCAGAGAAGGCCCUCUGCCUGGUUCCCUGUAACUUGGCUUCUCGCAGUGAGGGAACCACCAGAAGGCCCUCGGCGCUGGACCUCAGUGUCCGGGCAGAAUGAUGGGCGUGGAGACGCUCCUUCAGGUAUACAGGAGCAAGGCCGUUCAGGGCUUUAAAGGUCAGCACCAACACUUUGAAUUGUGCUCGGAAACGUACUGGGAGCCAGAUGGAGGACAGAUAAAACUAUAAAGGACUGUUUCAUGCAGUGCGUGGUUUGGAACUCGCUUCGGCAGGAGGUGAAAAUGGUGGGCUUUUAAAGAGGAUUGGAGAGAUACGUGGAGGAGAGGCCUAGCAAUGGCUGCCAACCUUGUUGAUACUCAUGCUUCCCUAUUUCAGAUGCUGGAAACAAAAGGAGAAGAGAUAGCAUGUCCUGCUCAUGGGAUUCCCUUUGGGGAAUCCGGUUGACAGCUGUGACACAGGAUGCUAGACAAAAUGGGCCAUUGGAUUGAUCUACAAGGCUCUUCUUAGGACCCCUUGCCAGAGCUCCUCUUUCCCCAGGGAAAGGGGUUUGCAUGGGGGACCCCCAGAACAGGAAAAGCUGGAAAUGCCAGACUGAUCAGGUAUGGCCAAAUUUGUGGGAGGGGCCCCAGCUUCCAGAGGCCCCAAAGAGAAGCUCAGAACGAUGUUCCCACUUCCACGCGUCUCUAGCGUUUGGGAUUUGAACUUUGGUUGCAUUUCUAAAAUACGAUGGGGUGUGGGGAGCGGGAUUAUUGGUUUGUUCCUGUAUUUUGUGGUUUAUGCUGUGUAUUUUCACGCUGCGAACUGCCCCAAGAUCUGCGGAUGAAGGGGCAAAAUUAUGCAAAUUUAAAUAUAAAUAAAUAACCGCAUCGUUCCCAAAAGUAGACCCCUUAGUUCUUCUCUCUGUUUUCACUCGCCCAAAAACUCCUCCGUAAAGAAAGGUCUUAUCAACUUCCUCUUGGUUGGAGCCAGGUCAAUAGCGGGAGGCUGGAAAAGGUUUUUUUUUGGGGGGGGCGGCUUUAAUUGCUAAUUGAUACUGUCAUACCUCGAGUUACAGCCGCUUCAGGUUGUGUAUUUUCGGGUUAUGCACCUGCCGAAACCCAGAAGUACCGGAAUGGGUUUCUUAUGGGUUUUGGUGGUCACACAUGCGCAGAAGAGCUAAAUCAUUCUUUGCUCAUGCGCAAAAGUGGAUCCCAACCUGCAUGUGCGCAGACGCGCCACUGUGGGUUGUGAACGCUGUGAGUUGCGAACAUGCAUCCCUCACGGAUCACAUUUGCAACCUGAGCAUCCACUAUAUUAGCAUGUUCUGCUUCUCAUUGUCAUGCAAAAAAUAAAAUACAGUGGUACCUUGGGUUACAGACGCUUCAAGUUACAGACUCCGCUAACCCGGAAAUAGUACCUCAGGUUAAGAACUUUGCUUCAGGAUGAGAACAGAAAUCGUGCAGCGGCGGUGCAGCGGGAGCAGGAGGCCCCAUUAGCUAAAGUGGUGCUUCAGGUUAAGCACAGUUUCAGGCUAAGAACGGACCUCUAGAAUGAAUUAAGUUCUUAACCCGAGGUACCACUGUAAUGCACAGUAUGUGGAAAGCAGGGGGGCCACAUCACAUCUGCUCAGUUCGCAGCCUCCCAACUACCCACGCUGGAUUUGGGGAGGAUCCAUAUUACAGUAUAUAGUUGCUUUAUUUAUUGUUUAUUUGACUUCAACGGACAUAGGGAGCUGCCUUAUAACUUUGGUCCAUCUAGCUCAGUAUUUUUACACUUCUUCUGCUUUUUUUGGACUACAACUCCCAUCAUCCCUAGCUAGCAGGACCAGUGGUCAGGGAUGAUGGGAAUUGUAGUCCAAAAACAGCCAGAGACCCAAGUUUGGGAAACGCUGGUUACGCUAAGAACUCAUCUCCAGACUUGCCUUCCCCCUGGGGAAACCUAAUCUUUACUGCUGAAUCGGAUCCGAUGUCAAUCAUGAUGGAUAUUUGUUGUUCCGAUUUACCACUAAAGAGCAGGUUUUCCUGGGGAAAGUGGAAGGGCAAGUGCAAAGCCACUUGGACCGAUGCCUAGGAAUCGUGGGACAAACUGAAAACCAUUUGGGGGGGGUAUUUUAAUAAUAAUAAUAAUAAUAAUAAUAAUAAUAUAAUUUUUAUUUAUACCCAGCCUCCCCAGCUAAGACUGGGCUCAGGGCGGUUAACAAGCAAUAAUAAAAACAAGUUGAAUGAAUACAACUUAAAAACAAGAUUAAAAUACAACAUUAAAACGUUAAAAUGCAGCCUCAUUUUAGGCAGGGGGGUCUUUCUCAGCCCUUCUUGGGGAGGCAGUUGAGAAUUCAACCCGACGCUGUGCCACUGAGCUACGGAUCCUUUCUUUCCAACCAUAUACUUUAACAAGGACACAGGAGAGAUCUGGGAAGGCUUGUUUUUGAUGUCCUUUCCUGCAAUUUGCAAAAUCGAAUUACUACUACUACUACUAAUUUAUCAUUUAUACCCCGCCCAUCUGGUUGAGUUUCCCCAGCCACUCUGGGCGGCUUCCAAUCGAGUGUUAGAAACAAUACAGCAUUAAAUAUUAAAAACUUCCCUAAAUAGGGCUGCCUUCAGAUGUCUUUUAAAGACAAGAUAGCUACUUAUUUCCUUCACAUCUGAAGGGAGGGCGUUCCACAGGGCGGGUGCCACUACCGAGAAGGCCCUCUGUCUGGUUCCCUGUAACCGCCAGAAGACCCUGGGCGCUGCACCUCAGUGUCCGGGCAGAACAAUGGGGGUGGAGACGCUCCUUCAGAUAUACAGGACUGAGUUCGUUUAGGGUUUUAAAGGUCAGCACCAACACUUUGAAUUGUGCUCGGAAACGUACUGGGAGCCAAUGCAGAUCUCUCAGGACCGGUGUUAUGUGGUCCUGGCGGCCGCCCCCAGCCACAAGUCUAGCUGCUGCAUUCUGGAUCAGUUGUAGUUUCCGGGUUACCUUUAAAGGUAGCCCCACGUAGAGCACAUUACAGUAGUCCAAGCAGGAGAUAAACAGAGCAUGCACCACUGGCGAGACAGUCUGCGGGCAGGUCGGGUCCUAGCCUGCGUACCAGAGGGAGCUGGUAGACAGCCGCCCUGGACACAGAAUUAAGCUGUACCUCCAUGGACAGCUGUGAGUCCAAAAUGACUCCCAGGCUGCGCACCUGGUCCUUCAGGGGCACAGUUACCCCAUUCAGGACCAGGGAAUCCCCCACACCCGCCUGCCCCCUGUCCCCCCAAAACAGUGCUUCUGUCUUGUCAGGAUUCAACCUCAAUCUGUUAGCUGCCAUCCAUCCUCCAACUGCCUCCAGGCACUCACACAGGACCUUCACUGGUUCUGAUUUAAAAGAGAGGCAGAGCUGGGUAUCAUCCGCAUACUGAUGAACACCCAGCCCAAUCCCCCUGAUGAUCUCUCUCAGCGGCUUCAUAGAGAUAUAUUUUUUUAAAGAACAGAAACAACAGCAGCACAGAUAAGGGUGCCUGCUGGAUAGCUCAGCUGGUUAGCGCCUGGUGCAGACAACACCAGGGUCGUGGGUUUGAACCCCAUAUGAGAAAGCUGCAUCCUUUUGCAUUGCAGGGGGUUGGACCACAUGAUCCUCAGGGAACCCUUCCAGUUCUGUGAUUCUAUGCGUUUAACAAUGGGGUGCGGAGAAAGAAACCUUUGGGCACCCCCUUCCCUUGCAAGAACUGGCGGGGGAGGGAAGGGGAGGGGGAGGGAGGCGCCUUCUGCCACUCAGUCCUCCAAACGGUAAAAACGAGUCGCACUGUGCUUCCUAGAGAGGCAGGAAGUUGGGAUUUUUUUUUUCAAAUUAUUUUUUAUAUAUAUAAAAAAAAGGAGGAGGAGGACAGGCAGCCUGGAAGGGGGAAGAGGGCACCCCCAUUUCCCUUGCAUAUUCUGGGAAGAGAAACAGUCCUGGAGAGUCGGGAGGACAAAGAGGUGCAAAAUCUGGGGGGGGGGCAGGUUAUCUUGCUGCGGGUGGGGAUCUGCUUUCGGGUGCGGGGGCGUCGAGGAGAGGAAGAGAUCCGCCCUGCCCGCUUCCUCCUCCCCGGGAACCCGCAGGCAGCCAGGCAGGCCGGAUCCGCGGCGUCGACCCCUUUGCAAAAGCGCAUCUGGCCGGGUUGCAAAAGCGCCUUUGCAAGCUUGCAGGUCGAAACAAGGGAACGUGCAGCCGGGGCUGUUUUAUUUUAUUUGGGGGGGGGGGCGGGGAAGCUCUUGGUGCAGAGGAAGCAGCUUUGCGGUGGGUGGGGUUGUGCACAGUGCGUGCGUGUGUGUGUUGCUGUGCUGGUUUUGCCAGCUGCGGAGAAGCAGACGCCUAUGGGCUCCUAGGGAGAGGAAGGAGGUUGCUAAAAAGGCGGGGGAGGUUCGGAUAGGAUAGGCAGCGGGGGGGGGGGAGGCGGCGGCGCCAGAUUCCUCAAAGGGUAAGGAAAAGGGCAGGUGUGGGGGGGCAAAGACUUUUGCUUUCAGGAGGCCCCUUAGGGGUGGGGGAGACUCGCUUCCUGAAACCCGGGGCUGCUGCAGCUGUUGACAGCCCUGGGCAAAAUGGACCCACGGUCUAUAAAGCAGUUUCCUGUUUUCCUAGGAAACAGCCUUUCAGGAGGUGGGCAGGUUUGCAGGUUGCGGGGAAGGGCAGGGCUGAUUUUGUUUGCACCCCAAAGAGAGGAGGAGAGGGUGGGGGGAGUCCUUCCGGGUUCCUCCCCCUCCCCCCCCAGCUGAAAAAGUGCCUGGUCCGUUUCCCUCUGCCCGGAUUUGAAACUAGCUCUUCCCAGCGGAGGCUGGAGGAAGUAGAUAAAUAACAUUGGGAAGGACUUUCUGACAGCAAGAACUGCUCCAGCCAUAGCUGUCGACUUUCAGAUUUGAAAAUAAGGGAUCAGCAGCCUCACCUGUCCCGGGGACAGUCUACGGGAUAUCUAACAAUCCGGGAUAGCAGCGGGAAACGGCGCUGGAAUAAGGGAAUUUCCCGCAAAAAAAGGGAAGGUUGACAGCUAUGGCUCCAGCAUUUCUCCAUACCCUCCUCCAACAUCAAACCUCCCUCCAGAGGUUGUGGACUCGGCCACACUGGAGGUUUUUAAACAGAGGUUGGAUAGCUGUCUGCCUGGGAUUAUUUAGCUGGGAUACUUGCAUCGCAGGGGGCUGGGCCAUAGCUGUCAACGUUUCUCUUUUUUUAAGGGAAAUUCCCCUAUUCCGAAUAGGAUUCCUCACAAGAAAAGGGAAAAGUUGACAGCUAUGGGUUGGGCUAGAGCAUGGGUAGGCAAACUAAGGCCUGGGGGCCGGAUCCUGCCCAAUCAACUUCUAAAUCCGGUCCACGCACGGUCUGGGAAUCAGCGUGUUUUUACAUGAGUAGAAUGUGUGCUUUUAUUUAAAAUGCAUCUCUGGGUUAUUUGUGGGGCACAGGAUAUCAUUCAUUCCCCCCGCCCCCCAUAUAGUCCGGCCCCCGACAAGGUCUGAGGGACAGUGGACCGGCCCCCUGCUGAAAAAGUUUGCUGACCCCUGGGCUAGACGGCCCUUGGUUUCCCUUGCAACUGUGCGAUUCAGUGAUCUAUGAAAUGCCUCCUCCGCAGUUGGAUUUGGUGGAGGGAAGGGGCGUUUUUUCUAGGUGUCAACUGUGAUAGUUGUUUGGGGUGGGGGAUCAAAGCCGCAGGGUGGACCACGGCUUAUUCUUGCAGGAUUGGCCCAGCAGAGGGGGGCUGAGUUUCUUUCUCUGCUGAUGCUGCCAGCCUCUCCUUUGGGCAUAGCCAUGUUUGCAGGAGGGCCUCUUAAAUGUGUGUGUCCCUGCUUUGGGAAUAGAUCUCUCGGUGAUCUGGGCCCAUUUAUGGACGCGUGAAGGAAAAGGUACCGGUGGAGGGAGAGGGUCAGACCACAGGCCUGGGUGAAACAAUUCCAUUUUAUUUUUUUAAACAGAAUUGAUGUGUAAAAGCCUCUAAGCAGUUUUCAUGAAUUAUCCACUUGAACCAGGAUGGAACCAGACGGUUGGCACUUAAAAUAAAAAGGUGGUUUUCAAACAGGUGGUAAAGGGGGGGGGGGGAGAGUCAAGAGGAGCUGUGGUGGGUCUGGUUCUGAACAAAUCUUUCUCCUGGGAUCAAUAAAGUAAAAUAGGUUAAAAAUGAAAUUCAGGUGUCAGAGAACUAGUUUCACACCAGGAGUAGGAUCUAGGAAACAUUGACUUAGCUGACAUAAUGAGAAAUGAGGGUUUACAUGACUUCAUAGAUAUGGAUUUUAUUCUUUGAACUGCCCUGAGACCUCCCAGGUAUAGGGUGGUAUAUAAAUUCAAUUAAUAAUACAGUCAAACCUCAUGUUACGUUUGCUUCAGGUUGCGUCCUGCAGCAACCCGGAAGUACCGGAAAGGGUUACUUCCGGGUUUUACCACUCGCGCAUGCACAGAUGCGCAAAAUGAUGUCAUGCGCAGAAGCGGUGAAUUGUGACCCGCGCACGCACAGACGUGGGUUGUGAUCUGCUCAUGUUGCGAACGGGCCACCGGAACGGAUCCCGUUCGCAACCGGAGGUACCACUGUAAUAAUAAUAAUAAUAAUAAUAAUAAUCACAAAGCCUAAAAGCUUGGCAGUAUAGAGGCUGGAUCUAAAAGAGUUUUGAACCUAUAAAUGACAUGUCUUAAGCACAAGAAGAUGUCUUCUCUUUUGAGUCCCACCUUCAGAGUUUUGAAAUAUCUAACCUGUAAGUUUCCAGGAUCCCUGGAACAGGAUCUGCCCAGUGGCCCCUCUAGUCCGGCAUCCUCUUCUCACAGUGGCCAAUCAGAGGCCUGUGGGAAACCUGCAAGUAGGACGCCUUCCUAUGAGCAUUCUCUUUCCCCUCCUGCAGCUCCCAGCAAAUGCUAUUCAGAACAUUACUGCCUUCCAUGAAGGGGGCAGACCAUAGCCAUCUACUUUAUCUACUUUAACCUCCAUGAAUUGAUCUAAUCCUCUUUUAAAGAUGUCCAAGUUGGUACCCAUCUCUGCCUCCUGGGGGAGUAUCUUCCAUACUUUUAAAUGUGCGCUGUGAGAAGGCUGUUUGCUGAUUUAUUUAUUUAUUUGGUUUUUCAGAUUAAAAUUUUAAAGUCACACAUCCAACAUAGAAACAAGAUUCCAAAGAAUCUCCUGGGCUUCCUUCCUCCCCUUUGUGGGUCCUUUUGUUAGUCCUUUCCUCCUGCAUAUUUUUUUUUAACAAUCCAAAUCUUUUACCCCUCCAUUGUGUCCAAAAUUCACCAUUAAAGCAAGUGUUAUUCCAAUCUUGGUAAUGGUUUUAACUGUUUACAAUGGUUUUUAAGAUAGAUUAUAAAUUUUCCCCAUUCCUUGUUAACAUUUUGGUCUUCCUGAUUUCUGAUUCUUCCGGUCUUUUUAGCCAUUUCGGCAUAAUCCAUCAAUUUGAUCUGCCAUUCUUCUCUGGUAGGGAAUUUAUCUUCCUUCCAUCUUUGGGCCAAUAACAACUGCCCAGCUGUGGUUGCAUACAUAAAUAGUCUUUUCUGCUCCCGUGGGAUUUUGGCACCUAAAAGAAAGGCUUUGGGGUUUUUAAAGAAAAGGUUAUUUUAAACAUUUUUUCAACUCAAUAUAUAUCAUUUCCCAAAAUUAUUUUAUUACAGUCAUACCUCAUGUUACGUCCGCUUCAUGUUACAUUCUUUCAGGUUAUGUCCCGCGGCGACCUGGAAGUACCGGAAAGGGUUACUUCUGGGUUUUGCCGCUCGCGCAUGCGCAGAAGCGCAAAAUGAUGUCAUGCGCAGAAGUGGCGAAUCGCAACCUGCGUGUGCGCAGACGCGCUGCUGCGGGUUGCACUCUUUUCAUGUUGCGAACGGGCCUCCGGAACGGAUCCCGUUCGCAACCAGAGGUAUCACUGUACUUUACACUUCCACCACACAUGAUAAAAUGUGCCUUCUUUUUCCUACGUACAUUUUCUCCUCCUCUUCCUCCAGGGUCUGGCGACCUUCAGGGAGGUGGCUGUGUGCUUCACGGUGGGGGAAUGGGCUAUGAUGGAUCCCAGCCAAAGAGCUCUGCAGCGGGAAGUUAUGGAGAGGAAUUAUGAGACGGUGGCCUCUCUAGGUAAGGGCACCGUUUUCCCUCUUGACCCAUUGAUGGCGAAGGUACGAAUUUACUAUUGUUCCAUUCGUCCCCGUGCUCUCUUUUCGGUUAUCAUCUCAGCUUGCAGAAUCUGAGUGACCCCUCUAAACUGGUGGUGCUAUUGAUUCAUGCCCGAUGGGUCCUAGAUAACAUAACAAUACUCUGUGAUUUAAUCCUAGUGUGAUUUUGUUGGCAUCCGUCUGUCUUGAGACAGUCCGUGCCUGACCGGUGCUGCUGGGACCAUGCAGGCCUCUUCAAUUCAGGUGGUGAAGAAUUAUAACCCUUCGUAACCUUCAGAAGGCUCGAUCUGGAAUGGCUGAGUGCGAACCAAACUAACUAGUCUUGUCUGUUUCCUUGGUAGAACCAAACUUCACUUCUUGUUGGGGAGAAGGAGAAUAUCCAUUUAUCCAGGAACCCAAAAACAGGGAGACAUCAGCAGGUAGAUACUUAGCUGUGUAAUAAUCAUCCAGGAGAGAUUGUCCCAUCAGGAUGCGUGUUCUCCAAGUGGAUUUCUUUAAAAGGGGUUUAAGAACAAAGUUCUCAAUGGCGGCUACCGUUCAUUUAUUAAAUUUCAAUCCCAUCCUUUUCCCCAGGGUGCCAUGAUGGCUAUAUGCUGUCUUUGGAACCAAGGGAGCAAAAGUUACAGAGGGGUGAUGAGGAAGCUGGGCUAUAGGCCUUUGGUCUAAUCCAGCAGGGCUCUUUGGAUAAAGGAGAAGGAAUAGUCUCCAGGCUGAAGUUUCCCCUCCACCUGCUGAGAUAUUCCCAAAAUUAAACUAGCUAGAUUGGCUUCCACAGUGCCACGGAUGUAUAGGGAGCACCUGUUAGAAGUGUGGGGUGGACCAACAAGCCUGUCUGUUUAUUUUAAAGAAAUUUCCAAGCCGCACUUCAUCUCCUGGCUGCAAGGACGAGAUCCACUCGGACGGGGCUCUAAUGAAGGGGAAAGGUCUGCAGGUACGGAUUUUGAAAACAGGAGAUAUCUUGGGAACAAAACCGUGGUUCCAUAUCUGUGGCUAAGUUCAAAGGUUGCCAGUGAAAUGCAAAGCCAGCUGUUAGUUAACCAGUGAGGAAUUCCCCAUAUACAGUGGUACCUCGGGUUACACACGCUUCAGGUUACAAAUGUUUCAGGUUACAGACUCCGCUAACCCAGAAAUAUUACCUCGAGUUAAGAACUUUGCUUCAGGAUGAGAACAGAAAUCACGCAGCAGCGGCGCAGCAGCAGCAUCAGGAGGCCCCAUUAGCUAAAGUGGUGCUUCAGGUUAAGAACAGUUUUAGGUUAAGAACGGACCUCCAGAACGAAUUAAGUUCUUAACCUGAGGUACCACUGUAGUUUAGAGCAGGCAUAGGCAAACCCGGCCCUCCAGAUGUUUUGGGACUACAGUUCCCAUCAUCCUUGACCACUGGUCCUGUUAGCUAGGGAUCAUGGGAGUUGUAGUCCCAAAACAUCUGGUGGCCGAGUUUGCCUAUGCCUGGUUUAGAGCAACAUUGUAAAUCUGCAGUGUUUGUCUUUGACCAUCCUUGCCCUGGGGGCAAGGCCCUAUCUCAAUGGUAAAGCAUGAAGAUUUGCAUGAUGUUCCUAGGAUUCAUCCCUAUAAUCUUCAGGUAGAGCUGGGAAGGGUGUUUGUCUGAAACCCUUCAGAGCAGCUGCCAGUCAGGGUAGACAGUACAGUCAUACCUCAUGUUGCGUUCCGCUCUGGUUACGGACUUUCAGCUUACGAAUUCAGCACACCUGGAAGUGUUUACUUCCGGGUUCACCGCCCAUGCAUGCAGAGAAGUGAUCUGUGCGCUUUGCGCACGCGCAGAAGACGUGCACUAGUUGCGGACUUUGCGGGGUGCAAACGGCACCCCGAAACGGAUUAAGUCCACAACUAGAGGUACCACUGUACUGAGUUCCCUGGACCAUGCAAAUCAGCUUCUCCGUUCCUUUAUUUGUAUCCGGCCAGCUGUUUUGACCGCAGCCGAAAUUUAUAGGAACCACGGAGCAGUGAGCUGUGCCCGCUAUGGCCCCUUCCACAGCCUUGCUGCAAUUCAUAUUUCCCCUCAAAUCCUCUUCUUAUUGUAUUUCUGUCACUAGACGCCCUAGUGCCAUUGUGGCUAGGAGGGCCUUUUGCCAGAUCCAUCCGGUUUGCCGACUGCAGCCAGUCUUGGACAGGGGUAGUCUGACCACUGUGGUGUGUGCUUAGAUAGCCUCAAGGCUGGAUUACUGCAAUGUGCCCUAUAUGGGGCUUGCUUUGAGACUGGUUUAGAAGAUUUUAACAUGUGGUUUAGAAGUUUUAACAUGUGGCACCAUGGUUAAAACAUCCGCAGUGGCUGCCCAUCUGCUGCUGAGCCAGGCUCAAGGUCCUUGUAUUAUUUUACAAAACCCAAAACAACUUAAGUCCCGGUUACCUCAGGGACCACUUGAACCCUUGUAUCUCACCUUGAUCGCUGAGAUCAUCAACAGAAGUGUCAUUAGUCAUUCCUCAAAUUAGCGAGGGUCACAUGACAACAAAAAGAAUCCGAGCCUUUAUUGUGAAAUACUCUGCCAAUAGAGAUUCAGCAGGUGCCUUCUGUUUCAGCUUUUAAAUGCCUGCUGAAAACUUUUCUAUUCCACCAGGCCUAGGCAAGUGAUUAAGAAUACAUCUUCGCAAAAUGAUUAAUUGAUGUCUGUUUUUAAUUUAUUUAUUUCUUUUUAAUUGCCCGAUUUUAUGUACAAUUGUAGGGACAUGGGUAGCACUGUGGGUUAAACCACAGAGCCUAGGGCUUGCCGAUCAGAAGGUCAGUGGUUCGAAUCCCUGCGACGGGGUGAGCUUCCAUUGCUCGGUCGCUGCUCCUGCCAACGUAGCAGUUCGAAAGCACGUCAAAGUGCAAGUAGAUAAAUAGGUACCGCUCCAGCGGGAAGGUAAAUGGCAUUUCCGUGCGCUGCUCUGGUUCACUUAGUCAUGCUGGCCACAUGACCUGGAAGCUGUAUGCCGGCUCCCUCAGCCAAUAAAGCAGAUGAGCGCUGCAACCCCAGAGUCGGUCACGACUGGACCUAACGGUCAGGGGUCCCUUUACCUUUACCUAUGUACAAUUGUAAACCACUCUGAUGUUUUAUAUGAAUAUCAAGUGAUCCAAUUUUUUUAACCCCGUGUCAUCCAGUUUCCUUAAUAUUUUGUACACUUGUUGAAUGAUCAAAACUAAGUUUAAAUCUGAAAUUUUAAUUUUUUUAUCUCAUCCCAUUUUUGAGUUAUGAGGGUUUGAAAUUUGGCUUUGCCGGACUACACAAAAUCCAGAGUAUCAGUAUACCACUCCUGCAGUGCGGAAGGGGUCGAGGGCAGGCAGAUGAGUGACAUCAAGUGAUCUUCGGAUCAGAAAGGAAUUGAAGUGGUUGUCUGAGACUGUAGCAUGUAAGGAAAGCAGCCUUGAUUUCAGCAGGGGAAAAGAAGAGAAAGAGGGAAAAUUGCAGAGAUGCCAAAAAAUCUUAAGCAACAUCUAAUUGGACUUGAUGAAUGAUGAGAUGCUUUGCUUUUCAAAUGUGUUUCCCUUCCCCUUCCCACCCCCAGCAGACGCCGGGCAGGCCAAUGAAAUUUACAGGGAACAACAGAUGGCAGCAACUAUCAAGUGCGAAGCAGAAAAAGAGAUGUGUGGGGAAACUGAGGGGCCAAAAACGCCGGAAAGAAACCUGUCAAAGCACGGGAUGAAGAAACCCUCUACUUCUCAGGGUUUGCAUCAAAGAACGCACAGUGGGGAGAAAUCCUUUAAAUGCAUGCAGUGUGGAAAGGGGUUUAGAGUGAGCAGCAGCCUUGCUUUGCACGAAAGGACACACACCGGCAAGAAGCCCUUUAAAUGCAUGGAAUGCGGGAAGACCUUCAGUCAAAGCGGCAACCUUACUGCUCAUCGGAGAACUCACACAGGGGAGAAGCCGUUCAAGUGCAUGGAGUGCGGGAUGUGCUUUAGCCAGUGCGGUAACCUUGCCUCUCAUCAAAGAACUCACACAGGGGAGAAACCGUUCAAAUGCCUGGAGUGUGGGAAGAACUUCAGGCGGAGUCAUCACCUUACCAAACAUCGAAGAACCCACACGGGGGAGAAGCCGUUCAAGUGUAUGGAGUGUGGGAAGAGCUUCAGCGUGCGCAGCAGCCUUACAGUACAUCAAAGAACCCACACGGGAGAGAAACCAUUUAAAUGCAUGGAGAGCGAAAAAGCUUCAGCCAGAGUGGUGGCCUUACUGGCCAUCUAAGAAUCCACACAGGGGAGAAAGCAUUUAAUUACGCUUAUUCUUCUUAUUCUUCUUAGUAUUAUUAUUACUGCUGCCACUGUUGAUUUAUUAAUCGCUUUCUAAACCACCGUCUCAAGGCAAUUUACACAUAAGAUAAUGGCAAACAGUUAAAACCACCAAAAAAACCCAAAUACAUUUAAAACAAGACUAAAACCUUUACCAACUGGACAGUCGUGGCAAGGACCCCAUUUAUCCAGCUGGCAAAACUCUAUUGGAGCAAAAAUGUCUUCAGCUGUUUCCAGAAAGUGCAGACUGUGGGUGCCUGUCAUAUCUCAACGGGAAUGCUAUUCCACAGGACGGAGGCAGCCACACUAAAAGCCCAUCUCUGAGUUAUUGCAGAGCAGGCUUCUGAGAUUUUUGGGACUCGACAGGAGAAACUCCUGCAGACCACAGCAAUAUCUGCUGGGUGUGUAAGGGAUAAGGCGGUCUCUUGAGUAACCUGGUCCCGAAUUGUAUAGGGUCUUAUAUGUUAGUACCAACACCUUGAAGUUGGCUGCAUCCUCUGAACCAACCCCAAGAAUAGCUUCAGCUGCACCACCGCCCUUAAUGUACAUCAAAGAACUCACAAAGGGGUGGAACCAUUUUAAAUGUAUUUAGUGUGGGGAAAAGCUUCAGUCUGAGUUGUACUGUAAGUGACUGCCUUUACAGUACACCAAAGAAGGCACACAGGGGAGAAGCCAUUUUAAGUGCACGGAGUGUGGAAAAAGUCUUGGAGUUGCAACCUUCCUUCCCAUGAAAGAAUCCACAUCUGGAUUUCACGUCGGGAUUAAAAUUGCCUAGAAUAUGAAAAGAGCUUCACAUCAAAGAGCCUGCAAAGGACAAAUGAUGUAAAUGCCUGGAGCGUGGCAAAAGCUCCUCUUGGACGUAACGGGGUUUCUUCUACAAGGUUGGGGGAGGGGCUUUGUUUCAUUUGUUUAUUUGUUAGAUUUCUUACCCACCUUUUACCAUAAGCUCCCAGGCAGGGUUACAGAAAAUAACAACAAAACAAUAAUUACAACAAUAAAACAGACCAAUAUAAAAGUUUUCAACUAUCAAACAUGAAAAGUGUAAAAAACACACACGUUAUAUAUAAAACAAUUAAAACUAAUUCCAUGUUUUAAGAAGAAACAGACCUUUGGAGGAAAGCAAUGCUUUUAAAUGGUUUUCAUCGCUGUUUUUAAUCGGGUCACUUACUGAAUUGCUUUUAAAUAUCCAUAUAGUGUGCUUUUUGUUGUAUCUGUUUCAAUUUCCGCUGUGAGACGCCUUGGGUCCUGCACUGGGAGAAAGGCGAGAUGUAAAUAAAAAAAUAAAUAUAUAUUAAAAAGAGUUUUAACAGUUGCAAUACAGGGGCGGG